GGGUUUGAACUAUACUCCAUGGUGCCUUCCAUAUGUCCUUUAGAGACUCUCCACAACUCCUUGUCUUUAAAGCAGGUGGAUGAAUUUCUUGCUGCCAUCGCAGCUCCUUCAAGUGACUGUCUUCUGGAUACCCCCACUGCUUCUCCCUGUACACCUGGUUUUCAUGUUGGUAGCAGAAAGGUGUCCUUGAAUACAUAUACGCCAACGAAAAUACUACCAACACCACUGUUUCCGAGCAUGGACCUUUCCAGUUCAAGCACUUCCACUCCGUAUGGCGGUGGAGCAUCCAACACCAUAUCUGGAACUGACCUUGUCCAAGAGGAGAGAGAGUCCACUGAGGUCAAAGCAGAUGGCUGUAUGCAAGCAACACUGAACCUGCAUCCCUGA